AUGGGCUACAGCUUUGAUGACUUAGAGCCGCUCGUUCGCCAAAUUCUGUCAGCCCCUGGAACUGAUCUCACAACUAUAAGCGCUAAGCGCGUUCGACGCGAACUACUUUCUCUGGAUCCGUCUUUAACCCCCGAGUUCGUCAAAGCGAAUAAGCUGGACGUCGAUGCUGUUAUCACGAGAGUCUUCGGGGAAGUGAGUGCCGCACAAAAUGGAGAGGUCAUUGACGCCCCUGAAGAACCUGUGACCGCGUCAAGGCGAUACAACUCUUCGGAUCAGGAGGAAGCGGAGCAAGAGGAGGAGGAGGAGGAUGCUGAUGAUGAUGAUGAUGAAGCUGAGCACAUGCCAAAAAAGUCCAGGAAAGGGCCGAAGAAGGGACUGAGCGACGCGGAACUAGCGCGGCAGUUGUCCAGUGAAAUCAACGGUCGCUCAAGCACAAGAAGGAGUACAGGGAAGGGUCGUGCAGCGAAUGGGACUCCGAAAAAAUCUAGAUCGAAGAAGAAAAGUGCUACAACAAUUGAUUCUGACGAUGAAGAUACUGGCGAGGAAGGAGGGAAGAAGACGAAGAAGAAACGCGCGGGCGGAGGCGCCGCUAAGGGUGGGUUUGCAAAAGAAUAUACUCUGAGCGCACCGUUAGCUGCACUCUUACAAGUGGACAAACUGUCUCGUCCCCAAGUCGUAAAGCAGCUGUGGGUUUAUAUAAAGGAGAAUGAGCGACAGAACCCAGAUAACAGGCGAGAAAUUCUCUGCGACCAGAAUCUGAGAGCGAUAUUCAAUGUUGACAAGAUAGACAUGUUCAAAAUGAACAAAGUUCUUGGAUCUCACCUCCAUGAAGACUGA